UCUGUCCGUGCUUCUCUCUUCUAUUCUCCAAGUUGUUGACAGCUACAGAAAAUGUAAUUCCCAUAAGACUAUUACUUACUACUCUAAAUUUAGCUGUGUAUCAUUAUGACAUUUAACAAAGCUUAAAAAGUGCUGAGUUAAAGGUAAUUAUUUUAAUCAAAGACCUUUGCCUCCCCCUCCCACUCUGUUUUUUGGUUCUCUGUGCACUUCCCAAAAGAACGAUUCUUCACUCCAUUGGGCAGGCCCAAACCUCUUCAAGACUAAUGGUAUUUUGCUUCGAUGAGCAAUCCAAAGAGAGGUGAAGCGGAUGGUUUUUUUCUGAGAGGUACACGAUUCUGCGUGUUUACCAAGUUCGUAAGAGUAUAAUCUGUGGUCAAAUUUACAGGAAAGGAAUAUUUUUUACUUAGAUUAGUGGGUUGGGAUGUGUGCAGAAAGCCCGUCUCUUUAGUGCUAUGAAAUUUCCAUAGAAAUAAGCCUCCUGAAAGUCUUUUCAACACACCCUUCAGUGUUUAAAGAGAAAAAUAGGGUUUUAGCCACCCGUUUUGUGCUGACCAAGUAGUAAUAACUGUUUACAAAUUGAAUGGAGGCAUCACUUUAGCAGUUUGCUUAGAACUCAAUCGGUGGUUUCCUUCUUUUCCUUGUUUGUUUUAUUAUCUGAAUUUAUUAAAUUGCCUGUUUGUUUUAGAUAUCAUCAAUGUUGGAAAAGGGCGUCUUUCCCUCAAGGUUUCUUUUCUAUAUAAUAACCAUUUCAAUGUUUCUUUUGAUCCUUUCUUCUGUGUUUCUUCUUCAAUUUGGGAAUACAUCUCUUAUUCCCCGCUCAGUUUUCAAAUUAAUUCUUCUUAAUGGUACAUCGGUUUACUUACCCAAUCUCAAAAGUGAGCAAAUAAAAUUACCUUUCCUCUCAUCCGAGUCUUCACAAGUUGAUGCUCAAAUACCAUUAAGAAAUGGGCAGUCAUCUUGUCAGAUAUCCAGUUCUGGGAAGAAAAUGUGUGCUUCCUGGCAGCAAAAUUUAAAGUCCUGCGACACCAGUGAGGCACUUUUAAGGGUAUAUAUGUAUGACUUGCCUUCUGAAUUUCACUUUGGGUUAUUGGGUUGGAAAGGAAAAGCAAAUCAGAUGUGGCCUGAUGUAAACGACCCAAGUAUAAUCCCAUUGUACCCUGGAGGGUUAAAUCUACAGCAUAGUAUGGAGUACUGGCUCACUCUUGAUCUUCUAUCUUCAAACACACCAAAUGUGGUCAGACCAUGUUCUGCAAUUAGAGUUAAGAAUUCAAGUCAAGCAGACAUAAUAUUUGUGCCAUUCUUUGCAUCCCUCAGUUACAACCGGCAUUCCAAGCUUCGAGGAAAGGAGAAAGUUAGUGUUAAUAAAAUGUUGCAGAAUAAAUUAGUUCAGUUUCUGAUCACACAGGAUGAAUGGAAGCGAUUUGGGGGGAAGGACCACUUAAUUGUGGCCCACCAUCCAAAUAGCAUGCUGGAUGCAAGAGGAGAACUAGGUUCUGCAAUGUUUGUGCUUGCAGAUUUUGGGAGAUACCCUACCGAAAUAGCAAAUCUUGAGAAGGAUAUAAUCGCUCCUUAUAGGCAUGUUGUGAGGUCCAUUCCCAGUACUGAUUCAGCCCCAUUUGACAAACGCCCAAUACUAGUCUAUUUCCAAGGAGCGAUUUACAGGAAAGAUGGAGGAGCCAUUCGCCAGGAACUGUAUUACCUUCUCAAAGAUGAGAAAGAUGUACACUUUGCAUUUGGCACCAUUCAAGGGAAUGGAGUCAACCAGGCUGGGCAAGGGAUGACCUCGUCCAAAUUCUGCCUCAAUAUUGCUGGUGAUACACCUUCUUCCAAUCGUCUCUUUGAUGCUAUUGUCAGCCAUUGUGUUCCUGUGAUUAUUAGUGACGAGAUUGAGCUACCAUUUGAAGAUGUCAUCGACUACACAGAGUUUUGCAUAUUUGUUCGUGCAUCAGAUGCUGUGAAGAACGGAUAUCUGCUAAAACUUCUUAGAGGAAUUAAGAGAGAGCAGUGGAACAAGAAGUGGGAAAAAUUGAAGGAAAUUGUUCGGCACUUUCAGUAUCAGUACCCAUCCCUGCCUUGUGAUGCUGUGGAUAUGAUUUGGGAGGCAGUUGCACGGAAGGUUUCUUCAGUACAAUUUAGAAUUCAUAGGGAGAACAGAUAUCGCAGAUCAGGCAGAUAAAAUGAUAAACAACCAGUUCUAAGAUCAAAAGGAUUUUAACCUUGCAUUCGAUGGAGAUCAUAAGAUUUAUAGCUGGUUGUACAUUUAAAAAAAAAAAAAAAGUUCAUGAGAAACAAACAUGGAUUUGUUGAAGAUCUGUAAAGGCCUUCUUUUCACUCCUUUAUUCAUGCUGAGCAUUGAGUAUGUUUUGUGGGUCCAAUACAUAUUUUGAUUCUGAGAACACAAAUUCCAUCAUUCGGUUAAAGUUCA